CGAAGGUGAACUUACCUUCGACUUGGGUUGCUGCUUCUUCUCCUACUUCUUUGCGACGAGUAGAGAGAAGCGACGGGGAUUCUCGUGAUGCAUCAGGUGGAGUGAGUCGGGGACAUUAAAGAGGUAAGAAGGAGAGUUGUUCUUCUUUUUCGUCGUUUAGAUCUCGAGAUCUUGCUCUCAUUUCUUCCAUUUGAUUCUUUCCUUUGCCUCACUGAAUUCCCAUCUUCACAUUUAAUUCUUUGUUUUCACGAAAAGCUGGGAAAAUUUGACCUUUUCCUGUUCUUCCAUGUCUUCGUCCACUUAUCCCCUUUCAUCUCCCCAGAUCCAAACGUCCCUGCUGCCUUCUCUUCUCCGCACCGACCAGGCCGCCGCCUUGUAGUAUCAUCUUAUCUGCAAAAGUUGCAAUCUCUGGGUCUCUCUGGAAGAGAAUUGUAGCGAAAAUGUCCGACCACGUCGGCGCCUCCGUCGUCGGCACUCAGAAGCUGCAGUCAUUGGACUCCAUUUCGGACCGAUUCCACUCAGCUCUAAGCUUGGAGGCUAACAAGCCAGAUUUCAAGGACUUCCCCGUCCUUAGCUCCCAUGCUUCGUACCACCCGACGCGUCCCACAGCCAGCGGCAACACUACGAGCAGUAGCAGCAGCUCUGGCUCCUCUAUCUCGGUGUCGGGGAAGCCCUCGCCUCUCGCAGACUCAAAAAAAUCCGAUCUUAGCCUAGAUGGCAGACGUUCUCACUCCGGUGAGCUCGUCUUAGGGCCCAAUGACCCAAUUCCUGGUGCCACGUAUACCAAGAGUUCCAAGCCCGGGCACCGUCGUUCCGGCUCUGUUCCACUUAUCUACUCCGGUGGAAGCUUCUCACCUAGCUUCAGCACCGGUUUUGGAUCCAGUACUUCCUCCGCGAGCUCUCCGAUCGCUAAUAUCCUACCAGCAGGGAACAUAUACCCAUCUGGGAAGAUUGGCAAGACGACUACGAUGAACCGGAGUGGGGCGAGGACCGACACUCUAGGGUCUGGAAUUGGGAAUUAUGGCCAUGGGAAUAUAGUGAGGGGUGGUACCAGUGCUGCGAGCAGUGGGAAGCCGAUGGAAGCGGCAGUUUGCAAUGGCGUGGAUCCGGCAGUGAGAAGGGUGAUGAUAAGCGGUGAUCCUGAGGAGGUCAAAUGCGUGGGCAAUGAACAGUAUCGCAAAGGGAACUUUGCGGAGGCUUUGAAACUCUAUGAUCGGGCAAUUGCAUUGUGCCCGGAUAGCGCAGUCAGCCGGAGCAACCGUGCUGCAGCGCUGACGGGCCUCCGGAGGUUAGGGGAGGCUGUAAAGGAGUGUGAAGAGGCAUUGGUUUUGGAUCCUGCAUUCGGGCGGGCACACCAGAGGCUGGCAACGUUGCUUAUAAGCUUAGGACAAGUUGAGAGCGCUAGGAAACAUCUCUUGUUGGCUGGCCCACAGCCUGAUCCUGUUGAAUUUAGGAAGCUUCAAGCAGUGGAAAGGCAUUUGGACAUGUGUGCAGAGGCCCGGAAGGUUGGAGAUUGGAAGAGUGCACUUAAGGAGAGUGAUGCUGCCUUCACUGAAGGAGCAAAUGCUUCUUCAUUGGUAAUGGCUUCAAAAGCUGAAGCACAUCUUCGACUUCAUCAGCUUGAGGAAGCUGAUAUGGUCAUAUCCAAUGUAUUCAAACUUGAUAGUGUAUAUUCACCAUCCUCAAAUACUAAGUUUUUUGGUAUGCUGGCAAAUUCAUAUUUGUAUGUCGUCAGUGCCCAAGUGGACAUGGCUCGAGGAAGGUUUGAAAAUGCCAUUACUGCUGCUCAAAAAGCAAGGCAGGUUGAUCCUAGAAACGUGGAGAUAUAUACAUUAUUGAACAACACGAGAGCUGUAUCUCGAGCACGAACAUUAGGCAAUGAACUCUUUAACUCGGGAAAAUUUGCGGAAGCGAGCUUAGCUUAUGGGGAAGGACUCAAGUAUGACCCUGCAAACCCUAUUCUAUACUGCAACCGAGCUGCUUGCCGUUCCAAACUUGGACAAUGGGAAAAGGCUGUUGAGGAUUGCAACAAAGUUCUCAGUAUUCAAGCCAACUACACAAAAGCCCUUCUUAGACGGGCUGCCUCUUAUUCAGAGCUUGAGAGAUGGAGUGAAGCUGUUAGAGACUAUGAGGCUCUCAGGGAGCAGCUUCCUGGUGAUAUUGAGGUUGCAGAAGCCCUUUUUCAUGCUCAAGUCGGGCUAAAAACCUCUCGAGGGGAGGAAAUCUCAAAUAUGAAAUUUGGCGGGGAGGUUGAGGAAAUUAUAGGAUUUGAGCAUUUCCAGCAAGCCAUCAGUUUGCCUGGAGUAUCUGUCGUCUACUUCAUGGUGGGGCUCAACCACAACUGCAACCAGAUCACCCCAUUCGUCGAUACAUUGUGUAGAAGAUUUCCAUAUGUAAACUUUCUGAAGGUUGAUGCGAGCACAGUGCCGGUCAUUGUCAAGGCUGAGAACGUGAGGACUUUCCCUACGUUCAAGAUCUACAAGAGCGGCACAAAAGUGAAGGAGAUGAUCUGCCCCAGUCACCAGGUAUUGGAGUACUCAAUAAGGCAGUACAGUUCAUAGCUGACGAAGCAAAUUGCUUCCCAAACACGAUGAGAAGUCUCAGAAAGUGCCGACGUCAAUCAAUCAUGUUGGAACAGCAUGCGAGAGAGAAGCAAACAUGAUUACGCUGCAGCAAGAAUCCAAUCAUUUUCUAUCUUUUUCUUUUCUUUUCUUUGUCCAUACUAUGUUAUUCGUUCCUCAUUUCCAUUAAUAUUUUUUCCCCUCGCCGAGGUUGCAAUUCAACAUUUACCAAAACAAUUUUUUUUCUUACUAUUUCAUUCAACA